UUGAACAAGUUCUAGAUUUUAUUGCACCUAAUUCACAUUCCAAACCAUCAGUUUAUCAUAUCCUAAAAUGGGGUUCAGUAACCAGUGCCGAUUCAUCUGUGUGGCCUCGAUCCUCAUUUUGGGAGCUUUGGCUUACGAAGCCUCAGCUCGCAGUCUUCAAGAUGCAUCAUCCAUGGCUCCAAGGCAUGACGAGUGGAUGGCUCGUUUUGGACGUGUCUAUAAGGACACCAACGAGAAAGAAAAGCGUCUCAAGAUUUUCCAGGAAAAUGUUGAAAGAAUUGAAGCUUUCAAUGCUGCUGCAAACAAAGCUUACAAGCUAAGCGUCAAUGGAUUUGCAGAUCUCACAAACGAAGAGUUCAAAUCCUCAAGGAACAGAUUCAAGGGUCAUAUUUGUUCUUCAGACUCCACUACUCCUUUCCGAUAUGAAAAUGUUGAGGCUGUUCCGUCUUCUGUGGAUUGGAGAAAGAAAGGAGCUGUCACACCCAUCAAGGACCAAGGCCAAUGUGGAUCUUGCUGGGCAUUUUCGGCUGUGGCAGCUACAGAAGGAAUUACACAGCUUACAACUGGGAAAUUGAUCUCCUUAUCAGAGCAAGAGCUGGUUGACUGUGACAAGACUAGUGACGACCAAGGCUGUGAGGGCGGUUUGAUGGACGAUGCCUUUGAAUUUAUACAGAAAAAUCAUGGCAUCAGCUCAGAAGCUAACUAUCCUUAUCAGGCUGCUGAUGGUACUUGUAAUACCCAAAAAGAAGCCAACCGUGCAGCCAAGAUUACUGGCCAUGAAGAUGUGCCUGCCAACAGUGAAGCCGCCCUGCUUAAGGCGGUGGCUAAUCAGCCUGUUUCAGUCGCCAUUGAUGCUGGUGGGUUUGAAUUUCAGUUUUAUUCGAGCGGGGUGUUUACAGGUAGCUGUGGAACAGAGCUAGACCAUGGAGUUGCAGCUGUUGGAUAUGGGACAAGUGAGGAUGGGACAAAGUAUUGGCUGGUGAAAAACUCAUGGGGAACACAAUGGGGUGAAGAAGGAUACAUAAGGAUGCAGAGGGAAGUUGAAGCAAAGGAAGGUCUCUGUGGCAUCGCUAUGCAAGCUUCUUACCCCACUGCAUGAUUCAUACAUAUAUAUAGAAACAUCUUAUAGAUUUAUAUAGUAGUACUACAUGGACCGUAUGUAAUAUCAAACUAUGAUGUGUGUGAAGCAGCUGUAUAGUGCUCAAAAGUAUAUGUCAAGAAAUAGUCAUUGUAAUGAUGUUAAUUAAUGAAAAAGAAAACUUGUUUUGGU